GGACAUGCGCGCGCGCUUACUUCCUCCUCAGCUCCUGCUUCUUUUGGUCUGUCUGUGUUGAUAGCGGCUUUUGCUUCCACACGUGCAAUCUUUUCUAUGUGAAGCUCUCUCGUUGGGACCCGUUCAUCAGCUCAUCCUGCUCUGUCACAAUAGGUGUAAAGCCAUAGAAACCAACAACCAUGGGGGCUUAUCUGUCGCAACCUAACACGACCAAGACCUCUUUCGAUGGCGGCAACAGCAACAUGAGCUACGGUUUCUCUGCCAUGCAGGGCUGGCGCGUCUCCAUGGAGGAUGCUCACAACUGUAUCCCAGAGUUUGAUGAGGAGACAGCCAUGUUUUCUGUGUAUGAUGGACAUGGAGGUGAGGAGGUGGCUCUGUACUGUUCAAAGUACCUUCCUGACAUCAUCAAGGAGCAGAAGACCUACAAAGACGGCAAACUGCAAAAGGCUCUGGAGGAUGCCUUCUUGGCCAUCGACAGCAGAAUGACCUCAGAGGAAGUCAUCAAGGAGCUGAUCCAGAUCGCUGGACGGCCCACUGAGGAGCCUCCUGUUGAAAAGGUGGCAGAGGAGGACGAUUUGGACACAGAGGAGGCAGCUUUGCUCCACGAGGAAGCCACAAUGACCAUAGAGGAGCUGCUGGUGCGCUAUGGCCAGAACCUCAAUGCUGUCAAGCACGCAGCUGCUCUCAGUGCGGCUGCCAAGAAGGCUGCCAGCUCGCAGCCUGAGGCCUCGGCAGACAAAGGGGAAGGUGGGAAAGGACAGAAGGACGGAGUAAAUGGAGAUGUGGAGGAAGAGAGCAACGGAAAGGCAAAGGAAGCAGAAGGAGUGGCCUGUGGGUCUAAGCUGCGAGCCUGUCGGAGAACAGGAGGCGGUGAAGGCAGUGGUUCAGCAGCUGACUGUGGAGGGUCAGGAAGCUCCAAUGGAGAGGAAAAGGCUGGUAAAGCCGAGGGAGACGCAGGUCCCUCCUGCUCCUCUCUGUCCUCCAAGGCUGCAGGAGAUUCCAAGUCAAGGUUUUUUGAUGACAGCGAGGAGUCUGAGGAGGGAGAGGAGGAGGAGGAGGGCAGUGAUGAAGAGGAUGGCAGUGAGGAGGAAGAGGGUGACAGCAGUGAGAUGGAUGAAGAGGAGGAUACAGAGGAGGGAGAGGAAGACUCAGAAGAUGAAGAGGAGGAGGAAAUGUGCCUACCUGGAAUGGACGGCAAGGAGGAGCCUGGCUCAGACAGCGGCACCACAGCUGUCGUGGCUCUGAUCCGAGGGAAACAGCUGAUCGUGGCCAAUGCUGGAGACUCCCGCUGCGUGGUGUCUGAGCGAGGCAAAGCAGUCGACAUGUCGUACGACCACAAGCCAGAGGACGAGGUGGAACUAGCUCGCAUCAAAAACGCUGGAGGCAAAGUGACCAUGGAUGGACGGGUCAACGGUGGACUGAACCUCUCCAGAGCUAUUGGUGACCACUUCUAUAAGAGGAACAAGUCUCUGCCUCCAGAGGAACAGAUGAUUUCUGCGAUGCCAGACGUCAAAGUUCUGACGCUUAACGAGGAUCAUGAAUUCAUGGUCAUUGCCUGCGACGGCAUAUGGAAUGUGUUGAGCAGUCAGGAGGUGGUGGACUUCAUCAACGAGAGGAUCAAACCGGACCAGAAUGGCAAAGUCAGACGCCUCUCAUCCAUAGUGGAAGAGCUGUUGGACCAUUGUUUGGCCCCUGACACAUCUGGAGAUGGGACAGGAUGUGACAACAUGACCUGCAUCAUCAUCACCCUCAGGCCACACCCGUCUACUGCCGAGCCAGAUGACACGAAGAAGAGGAAGCACCAGGAGGAGGAGGCAGCAGGAGCCGAGCCGGAGAAGAACGGAAACGACAGCAAAAAGGCUAAAAGUGACUAAAGGCAAAGAGAAACUGUCCCCAGAGGGAGCAGCUGGUCCCAGGCCACCCCAGAUACACCAGAGACACACUCUGUUCAAAAUUUAAUCCUUACCUCACAAACGUCAGCUCACCCUAAAACAGAAAUUGCAACGACUAUACGUUUGCUCAAAGAUCAGCUGAACUGAGAUCAUCAGUAUAGUUUCUUGUCCUCUGUUUUAGGCCGAUCCUCACUUCAAAACUCCUCCAUUGUCUUUUUUUUUUUUUUUUUAAAUUUGGUCUCUCUGGAAAGAAGCUGGACACACUUUUACUUCUUACAUUCAGAAGAGGCAGACUCACAGGCAUGUUGAACAGUACAUCAUUUUCCAAGUAUUUGUAACUUGAAGGAAGAUGCAGAAUGAACCAGUCUACAGAGAUGAAUGUGUAUUUCUAAACAUUUUAGAGAUGUCUCACCAUCUCUGCAGACGUGCACCGCACUGUCAUCGUUAAAAUCUGUUUCCCACGUGGCGGCUUCACACUUCUGUUUCAGUGGUUUGAGGGUAGCUCAUGUAGUGACCUGUGUCUGAUUGCUGUUCACAUUUCUCAGUGUGAAACAUGAAUUUUCAUCGCAGUUUUGCAACAUGAAAUGUGCACAUUACUUUUCCAAUGUGAGACUGCACAAUGCGCUCUGUGUGUUGUGCCCAAAUUACAAGGCAUUCAUUGUAUCUCAAAGUGCCAUAAAACCCAUGAAUUGCUUUCACAGGCACCAUUUCACAUCCUCGAAUUAACUGAACCCAGAGAAGGGACCUGAAAUGGAUGCAGAUAGAUGUGCAUUGCUUAAAGGUAACAGCAGACAGCGCAGUUGAAUGAGAGGAUGUUUUUGUGUUUUGUAGCCCAAAAUUGAAGAUUCCAGACGCAACAAGAGUGAGCGUGCUCGUCCAGUGAGGCUCUGAAUGAGUUGCUUUAUCUCUGAUAUCCCACCCUGAGCUUGUUCAAGGUUCACAGUUGGAGGGACUGAAGGAUUUGGAGAACUAGUCCAGUUGCUCGUUUGCUAUUCAUAGAUUUUUCCCCAUUAGCACCCAUUCACAAGUGAGGAUAAGUUUUCCCAGUCUUGCUGGUCACAUAACAGCCCAAUCACCAACAAUACAUCACCAUCAUCUUGCCUUUUUUUCCAUUCCAGCUUUGUGUCUUGUCUUGAUCAAAAUAUGUAAAUUUCCAGAUGGAGAAAAGAAGCUAGUGUACUUUUCAUCUGUAAGAUCUGACAGCAGGGAAACACACGGAUACAUAAAAGACCUGCCGCCUUUUAUGUAUCCGCGUGUCCAUCCACAGAGGUGGCGAUUGAAACCCUGGACUGGAUACCCGCACACAGCUCAUCUCCAGGACUCUGCUUUCCUCCACCCUGUUUGCUCUACCCCGUCUGUCCCACGUUACCACUGCAACACUUUUUUAAGAUCAUCUCUAGGACAUGUUUUAAGUAAAAAGUAUUUCCACUCAAAUGUUAAAUAUUUUUCAUUUUCAAUGAGUUUUUUUAAAAAUAUAUAUAAUUUUUGAGGACACUCUGAAAACGCCCCGACGCUGGACUGUGGAGAGGAUGCACGCAGUUACUUUUUGAGUGGAAAUACAAUUUGAAGUUCGGAGCGCCAACACAGUGUAGCUGGUCAGAAAAUAUUUUUUUCCUUUUUGUCUUUACUUUCAGAAGCCUCAUUUAAACCACAUCGUGCGACUGUAUGUUUGUUUCUAGUGUACUAUCUUGUCACCAUGCCCUUUUUUCUGUACAUAGUUUUUUCGAUACUUGUAAUUGAAGAAAAAGAAAGUGCUUUUUCUUUGUAAUUGUGAGUCAAUGUGACAUUUUUGGUGCAUACUAUUUUGACACCAGUAUGUAAGUACAUACAAAUACAUUUUUUUAAAUAAUGA